UUAUACUAGUGUUUAUGUCACACUGUUUAUUAUGUAUUUUUUAAAAGUAGUGUGUUAAUCAUUUAAUUAAUUUGUGUGGUGCUUAUUGUUCAAAUACUGAAUCUCCUCUCGCAUUACUCAUUAUACUAUAUAUUAGUGUAUAGUAUUUAAACAAAGUGUAAAGUUUUGUUAACAGACAAAACACUAUGGAGUUCGAUUAUUUGGAAGAAAUGCCCGAAGACAAAAUGGACUAUUUUUGCGACAAAGUCCUGAAAAAGGAUUGGCCUAACAGUAUUAAUGUCUACUAUUUUAUCAAAACUGGGUUUAAAUGGAAUAACAAAAAUGCUGCUUCCACUUACAAACUGUAUUAUGUCCCCAACGACAUUGAUAAUGGUACAUUUCUCGGCAUCUACCACCAACCCGGAGGCAAGCAUCCAACUAUUUUUGUUCCGUACACGAGCCCCGGGAACGAGCAACAACUACAAACGGUAUUGCGCAACACUAAAGUCAUCAAUUGGCAAACUAAACCUUACUUUCAAGCCGUCUUGGAAAGGAUAACCGGCAUCGUGGAAUCGACAAUUCGAUUGAAAUGUUCAAACGAGUAUUCAUACGCACCGUGUAUAAUACACUGGAUGCCAGCAAACGAAGCAGCCAAUUUAGAACUAAAAGUUCCCGAAGACGUUAUUAUUGGUCCGCUCAACAAAGACCACGUGGAUUUCACUUAUUCACAUUGGACCCACGGCGACGUGUACUCGAAAUACGACGUUUGGGACACGAUUAACUUGAACUUCGGUUUGGGUGUUUUCGACCGGCAGAACAACGACUUGCUGGCGUGGGGAAUGUGCGGAAGUUACGGUGGCGUGACCACAGUGAUGGUGCUGCCCAAGUGCAGGAACAAUGGGUAUGGCGUUCUAAUUGCCAAAGCCGUUACCAAAGAAAUGGGCGAGAGAGGCAUUUCGCCACACGGGAUCAUAGACGAAGACAACGUCGCGUCUCUCAAAAUGGCCCGAAAAAUCGGUUACAGGAAAUCCGAACGAGUGGUGUUCUUCGAACCCCGGUAGCCCGAUUAGUAGUGACAAUCGGAUUAGUCUUGAAAUACUUUAAAUUGUCAAUUGUAUGCCAGCAAAAUUGCAGAAGAAAAGCAACGUAUUACACAUAACACGGAAUUGAAAUCCCAGUCUAACAAUAAUUAUAAUGCUAUGGUGGAACUAAAAUACAUUUAAAAAUAAGAUUUCA